UCCAUGCUAACGUUAGCCUGAGUACAGUUGUUCUUUAUCUGCUGAACUAUUUCUUCUGCUGCUUCAUCUCUCUUCUGUUGGAGGGAAAUGAAGUUCAGAGACGCUGUGAAUUUGUGGAGAAAUGAACCUCUAUAUCAUCAGCUAAACCUCCAGCUGCAUGAUAAUCACUAGCUAGUUAGCUGCAGCUAAGUUAGCAUGCUAGCAGAAGGAACAUCAAAGCAAAGAUGAAGUGAAGACUCAGAACCUUCAGGAGAACCACAAAGACCCAUCAACAGCAAACAUCUCUGACCAAUGUGGAACAUUUCUUUCCUCUGUAGAUCCUCAUAAUGGAGCAGAGUGUUCCCUGUGAAGUGAAACCAUACAGCUGUGAGAAAGGUUCCAUCUGUUCCACAGCUUUAGAAACACAUCAACUGAUCCACAGUGGGGUUAAACCUUUCACCUGUGAAACGUGUUCAAAGUCUUUUAAACUCAAAAGGGACCUAAAGACUCAUGAACGGAUCCACAGUGGGAAUGAUUCAUACAGCUGCCAUGACUGUGGAAAAUGUUUCCGCACGGAGAGUCGAGUCAAAGCCCACAGUGUCAUCCACACUGGAGAAAAACCUUUCAAAUGUGAUCGGUGUGAAAAGAUGUUCAGCCACAAAUCCAGCUUUUAUCUCCAUAAGCAGACCCACUCAGGAGAAACAGAAAAACAGUACAACUGUGAUCAGUGUGGAAAGAGUUUCAAACGUUCAUCAUACCUGCAAGCCCACAAACGCAGACACUCUGAAAGACAAAGAUACUCCUGUGACACGUGUGGGAAAACUUUUACAAACCGUCCUCACUUAGCAGAACACCAAAAUGUUCACAUUGGAUUUAAACCCUACAGCUGUGACCAGUGUGGAAGAUGUUUUACAUACAACACUGCCUUAACGACACACCGCCGCCUCCACAGUGCUGAGAAACCGUACGUCUGUGCUGAGUGUGGAAAGGGUUUUGUUCAAAAGCCUGAUUUCAAAUCCCAUCAGCUUGUUCAUGCUGGAGUUAAACCCUACAGCUGUGAAGAAUGUGGAAAGUGUUUCACAACAAGACGACAAAUAAAAGAACAUCAGACCUUUCAUGUUCAGGAGAGACGUUUCAGCUGCGAUCAGUGUGAGAAGGCUUUCUACAGAAAAUCAAAUCUCAGAAGCCAUCAGAGGAUUCAUACUGGAGUUAAACCAUUUUGGUGUGGGGAGUGUGGAAAAUCAUUCAGGAAGGAAGGAAACUUAAAAGUACACAACCUCAUCCACAAUGCUAAAGGAAGGUUCUCUUGUGACACAUGUGGGAGAACUUUCACUCAGAGGAACCAGCUAAAAACACAUCAGAGUAUCCACACGGGAGGGACACCAUACUGCUGUGAUCUCUGUGGGAAACUCUUCAUGCACAAGACAUCAUUUGUGGCUCAUCAACAUGUCCAUGCUGGAGAUGAACCAUACAGCUGUGAUCAGUGUGGGAAGACCUUUAAGCUUUCAGGUCAUCUAAAACGACACCAGCAGACCCACAGCAGGAAGCCAGCAGUCUGGAGGCCCACUGUGAGAAGCAGAGCAGCACAGAUGGAGCCACUUCUCAGCCCAGCCAGCACCGUAAUGAUGGAGAACCAAACUGUUCUGGGGGAAAAGUCAGCAAAGAAAAACCUUCAAAGUUCCAGAUCUAAGCUCAGUGAAGACAACCUGAAGCUCAGCAAAGAUGGAGGGAAAGGUUUCACCUCCCCAGCUUCCAGAAAAGUCCCUGAAGUCUUCCUGAAAUUUCAGAGCCUCCAGAUCAGACUUCACAGAGUUCAUGUUCCUAGUGUUUAUCCUACUGUUCCAGUGAACCCUGACCUUUGACCUUUAAUUUAAAGUUACAACAGGGAGCAGUUCCAUCAUUCAGUAAUGGAAGGAGACGGCUCUUUAAGAAGCCGUCAGCUGUUGCUGACAUGGCUUUUCAUAAUCAGAUAUGUUGGUCUGCCUGUUGAUGCCUGUUUAACUAGUUCCAGAGCUAACAGUGGCAAGCAGCAGAACCGGGUCAGCUUGUUCAGGAAGAGGGACAAACUGAACAAGCUUCAGAUACAUCAAAGUUCCUCAAAGGAGACCUUACAAUGGUUGUUGAGACAGAAGAUCUUCAUUGAGAAUAUCUCUGAGUUUGUUGUUAAUGCAGCUCAGAGCUCUUAAUUUGAAGGGCCUCUGGCUCAACCCCAUUUCCUGCUGCUGUCUCUGUCCCUAUGUUCAUGUUGGUCUCUGUCCCUGGGCCCUGAACUCUAGUCCCAAACAGGUAAAAUAGUCCACUGAGGAACCAGGACAUCAUCAUGUGUCCUAGAGUCCUCCUACAGAACCAGAACUUAAAAAUAACCCAUAAAUGUUCUGUAGACAGUUAUCAAGCCAUCAACAGAUGCCAGCACACAUCAUUUUCUUCUGUUUAUUAAAAAACAAAAACAUCCAAACAUGAUCCAUCAGAAUCCAUCAAAGCGGACAUUUUAGAGCCAUUUAUAUUUGUCUUAUAGAGACAAUAAAAUAUUUGAGCAGAGAAAUGAAUCAUUUUCUGUGUUUAAGAAGAACUGAAAAUGAAACCAGAGAACAUCAGACUAAACCUGAUGGUUCUGUUACACUAAAAUAGGUUUAUUUACUAAUAUUUCAUCUACUGUUUAUGGAUUUUAUAGAUAAGUGACAAAGAAACCAAACAUGGUCUAUCAGAACAUCUGAAACUAGAUAUUAGAAAGGUUUUAGUCUCCAUAGCAACAUUUCAACAGAGGAAAUACAUUAGUGAGUGUUUCUCAGAACCAGAUGGGAUGUCCUCCCUCCAACAUGUAAAACAUCGUGUUGGUCUAAAAGCCCCCCCACCCCAUCACAGUAAAUAUUGGAACAGCCCACUUCCUGCUAAUCCAGGGUAGAAAAUGGGAUUGAGCCUUAAUCUUUGCUUCAGUGUCUCAGCUGAUGUCUCAGUUGGUCUGUUGUUCUUGGUUCUUUGUGUUUCUGUACUGCUUUCAGCUUCAUGUUGGGAACGUCUGGACCCUGUUGGUGGUUCUGAGUUAUGUAUGUUUGAAAACAUUGUUGAUGAUGGAUCUGCUGUCACUGGCAGAAAAUGAAGAGAACUGUUGAUGUUGUUCCCUGUUCAGCCACAAGGUGGAGCCUUUAACUAACUGAGAAUCUGAGUAGAGUUUAAAUGUUGCUGCUGAAGAAAUGUUCAUCAGUUUUAUUCCUGGUUUGAAGUUAAAAAAUGUCUCCAUGUUUGUCCUCCUCCAGGACGUCCUGAGUCCAACCAACACUUGGUUUGUUUUCUGUCUUUGUUACGUUUGAACUUGUCAGGAAUUUUCUUUUCUUCCUGGUUUUAUGGAAAAUAUGAAAAGCUGCUUUUAUCAACCUGUUGGUGCUUAAAGUGACUUUUCUGACUGGGUCGGAACCUUGUUCCACCUAAAUGAUUCUGUUGAUUCUUCUGAAAUGUUAAAAUAAAGAGAGUUGGACCUUCUGCUGGUGGAGACAAAGAUCAGAAUGAACUUUGUUAAAGAACAACAGUUCAAAACUGGAAUCAGCUCCACUUAUUGGACUUUUCACAUCAGGGUCAAACUAAACAGAACCAAA